AUGCAAGUCAGGCUGGCAGUCUUGUCCAGCUUAUUCCUCAUCACCACCAACAGCCAAGGAACCAUCCAGCAGCAACUCGUCCUCGAUCCAAACCAUCACCAACAGCAUCAGCAAGAACUGUCCGCCUUCGAUCGUCCGCCUGGAACCUAUCUCGGUUGGUCUAGCUGGAGCUUACAAGCCUACAGAGGAGAGGGAUAUGGCUUCUACUGGUUGACUGAGCGGAAUGUCAAGGCCCAAGCUGACAUACUGUCCAAAGAGUUCUCUCCAUUCGGGUAUGACCGCAUCAACUUGGAUUCUGGAUGGCAAGAUGCUGAACUCGAUCAAUAUGGUCGAACGAUUCUCAAUACUAGGACCUUCCCUAGCGGGAUUCAUCAUCUGCAGUCCUAUCUAGCGCGAAGAAAUCUCAAGCUAGGUUUAUAUUAUCUACCGGGGAUUGAUUCUCGAGCAGUGGAAAACCAACAUCCGGUGAUGAACACGGAAUACACGGCCGACCAAAUUAUCCAAUGCCCUGUCAUUCAUCACCCGUUAGACAGCAAACGAAGGACGAAGUGCCACCGGCCGAUGGCUAAUGCAUUCAACGCUGGCUAUUCUUUGAACUACAGUCAUCCAGGUAGUCAAAUGUACAUCAACAGCGUGGUCGAUGGGCUGUAUAGUUGGAACGUAAGCUUCGUGAAGCUGGAUGCCCUCGUCCCUGGUUCCUCGUUCGACCCGGAGGAUUACCCCAAGUGUGACACUCGGGCGGAUCUAGCAGCGUGGCGGAGAGCGAUCGAUUCGCGCUACGAAGAGGAGUGGCAGUAUGCGGGUCGGGAGCGGAUCUGGCUGGUGGCCAGCUGGGCAAUCCCCACGAUCGAAGGCCCCACAAUGGAUCUGAACGCGGACAGCUGGCGGGUCGAACAAGACAUAGAGGCCUAUGGAGAACGGAUGACCACCUUUGAUCGCGUCAUUCGUAAUAUCAAGACCGCUGCCCUCUGGACCUCCGUUGAAGAAAACCGCGCAUGGAGGGGUCUCAUCGACCUCGAUUCCCUCCUCGUCAGCGACAUGACUUACGAGGAAUCCCAGAGUACCGUCACCCUCUGGGCAGUCCUUGGCUCGCCAUUUUAUUUGGGAGAUGACUUGACGAGGCUACCCGAAUCACGAAAAGCGUUGGUGCAGAACGCUGAAGUGCUCGAAGUCGCCCGCUUGGCGAGCUGGAACCCCGCCCGACUCGAGCGAUUCAAUCAGACUCGACUCGAGGAAUCCCGCACAAUGUGGCAAGGAGAUAGAAACCAGGUGAACAUUGAAGAAUGUGAGAGGCUUGUCGAGAAGCGGCGGAUGGUCGUCGAACUGUCCCUCCAUCAGAAAGUCGACCCUGUUCACGACCUCCGUCAAUGCUUGAAAACUCAAAUCAAUCAGUCUAGAUCUCUUCCUAUCAAUCCUCCCCGAGCCUACUCCCGUCCCGAUACGCAGGAAAAUAGUGAAUGGAGUCUUCAAUUUUGGGUCUUGGAACAUCAUGAUGGCGUUCUCUUCUUGGCCAUCGUUAAUGCCGGCGGCCAAAAUCCGUUUGACAUGCCGGUAGAAGUUGAAAUCCAGCUAAGUGAGCUAGAAAAAUUUCAAGGAACCCUGCAGUCCAUGCGCAAGAAUGAUAACGGACAACAAGGAGAAGAACGGUGGUAUCUAGUUCGAGACUUGUGGAGGAGAGAAACACUCGGAGUGGUUAGCUUCCAAGGGAAGAUCAAGCUCAGAUUGGCUGUCCAUGCUUCGGUCUUGUUCAAAUUCGCUCCCAUCGGUUCUGACCAUUCACAAUAUCCCCUCAUGUCGGAUGAUUCCCUUUAA